AUGCCCAUCUUCCUCAGAGAUGCUCCCUCUCAUACUCUGUCUAACACCCGAACAGGAAGUGCAGGCCACGUCGCCCAAGGCCACCGCCCCUCAACCUACCGCUCCAUCUCUGGUAUUCCCCACACACACCUCCUAACCUGCGACUACCGGGGCUUCGGCCUCUCCAGCCUCACCAACAAGCCCAACAUCCCCACCGAAACCGGUAUCAUCACCGACGCCAUCUCCCUCCUCUCCUACGUCCAAUCCACCCUUAACCAGCCCACCAGCCGCACCGUCCUCCUCGGCCAAAGCCUAGGCACUGCGGUUACUGCCGCGGGCGCCCUGUACUUCUCGGACCCCACCUCUUCCCAUCUCCCAAAGGACCUCGUCGCACCCAAGCCACCCCCAAAACCCUCCUCCCCCUUCGCCAGCAUAAUCCUUAUCGCCCCCUUCACCGACCUCCCCACGCUCCUUCAAACCUACCGCAUCGCAGGCCUCCUCCCUAUCCUCAAACCCCUGCGCGGCUACCCCCGCGUCUCCAACUUCCUCGCAGCCAGAAUCGUAGACACGUGGCCCACACUCCCCCGCCUCCUCGACAUCAUCCGCACAACCCCCAGGGAUCUGCACAUCCACAUCCUGCACGCGCGCAACGACGGGGACAUUCCGUUCCGCGAGGCCGAGGCUGUGUAUGCGCCGCUGCAGAGCGAGAUGUUGGGCGGCGAGGGCGUGAGUGCGACCGAGGAAAGGAGGAGUAUACAUGGCGGUGAGCGCGUGAAGCGUGGGGCGUUUGCGUAUAAGAAGGUGGAGGAUGGGAAGAAGGGGACGAGUGUGGAGUUGGAGAUUGUGAGGUUUGGAGGACAUAAUGAGGUUGUGGGGUGGGCGCAGGUUAGUUUGGGGGUUAGGAGGGCGUUUGAGAGGGUGGAGGGGGCGGGGAGGGGGAAGGUCGGGCUGGACGUUGAGUAG